AUGUCAACGAAGCCACUCCCGUCAGACCUUCCAAUACAUUCAUUCCCCACCGCCAAAGAUUUAGAGGAGUUCCUUGAACGUGAGCAUUCAACAGCACCGGGAUUCUAUCUCAAGCUCGCCAAGAAAAACUCAGGAAUCCCAUCAGUCUCCGCCGCUGAUGCCGUGGAGACCGCGCUAUGUUUUGGCUGGAUUGACGGCCGCGCAAAUGGCCUCGAUCAGAACUGGUGGCUCGUGCGGUACACACCUCGCCGGGCAAAAAGCAUCUGGUCUCAGAAGAAUGUCAACACAAUCGGCCGACUCAUUGAGACGGGCCGAAUGCGACCGGCCGGCCUGGUCGCUGUGGAAGCCGCAAAGGCCGACGGGCGCUGGGAACGCGCCUAUGCUGGGCCAGCGACCAUCACUGUGCCCGAGGACUUUACUGCCAUCUUAACGGAGCAGCCUACAGCGGCAUCUUUUUUCGAAUCACUAGAUAAAAGUGAUCGCUACUCCGUGCUGUGGCGCAUCCAAACAGCGUCUCCCACGGUGCGGAAGAAGAGGAUUGAGGCUUUGGUGGCGAUGCUUGCAAAGGGAAAGACCCCUGGUACACUCAAAGCCGAUUCAUUCGUGGAGAAGAACAUCUCGAAGGAUACCAGUAGAGGAUCUCGUCAAAGGGAAAAGACACCAAUAAAGAAGACGGUAGCCAAGGGCACGCGCAAGGGUCUUCGGAGCAACAAAGAAUGA